AUGUCGUCAGCAUGGCAGUCUGCCACUGCUGUCUGUCUGUCUGUCUCUGCCUACCUGUCUAUCUUUCUUUAUAUCUGUCUGUCUGACUGUCUGUCUGACCUGCAGGAGAACGGCGUGGAGUUCGAAGCCUGUCUGGUGGCGCAGUGUGACGCCCUCAUCGACGCCCUGAACCGACGCAAGGCCCAGCUGCUGACCCGCGUCAACAACGAACAUGAGCACAAGCUGAAGGUGGUGAGGGAUCAGAUAUCUCACUGUACGGUGAAGCUGCGUCAGACGACAGGCCUGAUGGAGUAUUGUCUAGAGGUCAUCAAAGAGAACGACCCCAGCGGAUUCCUACAGAUCUCAGACGCCCUGAUCAGGAGGGUGCACAUGACUGAGGGCCAGUGGGGGAAGGGAACCCUGACCCCCAGGAUGACCAGUGACUUUGACCUGACCCUGGACAGCGGACCCCUGUUACAGACCAUCCACCAACUGGACUUCAUACAGAUGAAAGUUCCGUCUGCCCCCAUGCUCCAGCUGGAGGAAUGCUGCACCAUCAACAACAGUGCCACGUUGUCAUGGAAACAACCACCUCUCUCCACCAUCGCUGUGGAAGGAUACAUCCUGGAGCUGGACGAUGGCAACGGGGGACAGUUUAGGGAAGUGUACGUGGGGACGGAGACGAUCUGCACGGUGGAUGGACUCCACUACAACAGCACCUACAUGUCCAGGGUCAAAGCCUUCAACGCCAGCGGGGUGGGACAGUACAGCAAGACGCUGGCCAUGCAGACCUCCGAGAUUGCCUGGUUCACCUUUGACCCCGCGUCGGCCCACCCUGACAUCAUCCUCUCCAAUGACAACCUGACGGUGACGUGCAACAGCUACGACGACAGGGUGGUCAUGGGUAAUUCCGGCUUCUCCCGCGGUGUGCACUACUGGGAGAUCACGGUGGAUCGCUAUGACAACCACCCGGACCCUGCGUUCGGGGUUGCCCGUGGCGAUGUGCUGAAGGACGUGAUGCUGGGGAAAGACGACAAGGCCUGGGCCAUGUACGUGGAUAACAACCGCUCCUGGUUCAUGCACAAUAACUCACACACCAACAGGACGGACGGGGGCGUCAGUGAAGAGGCUACAGUAGGAGUGUUGUUAGACUUCACCAGAGGGGUGCUCAUCUUCCUCAUCAACGACGAACAGCAGGGUCCUGUGGCCUUCGAAGGCAUCGAGGGGAUCUACUACCCUGCUGUCAGCCUCAACCGCAACGUACAGGUGACCCUGCACACCGGCCUGCCCAUUCCUGACUUCUACACUCCAGGGGAAGCAGACCUGUCUGGCUCAGUGUGUUAAGGAGUUGACUCAGCACUGCAGUGAAGCAAGACAAUGGCACCCUAUUCCCUAUAUAGUGCACUACAUUAGACCAGGGCCCUAUAGAACCCUAUUCCCUACAUAGUGCACUACUUUAGACCAGGGCCCUAUAGACCCCUAUUCCCUAUAUAGUGCUCUACUUUUAACCAUGGCCCUAUAGUACCCUAUUCCCUAUAUAGUGCACUACAUAAGGAAUACGGAGCCAUUUGGUACUCAGAAAGGCACCAGGCUGCUCAAUUUCUGGGCUCUCUAGGGUUAUGUCCCAAAUUGCACCUUAUUCCCUAUAUUUGGCACUAUUUUUGGCCAGACUUGUGCCAAAAGUAUUGCAUUACAUAGGAAUAAGUUGGGAUUUUAGAUGUACCCAGGAGGGUUAAUUUAACUCACAGCCGUGUACACAACACAACACCACGCCCUCCUUUCCUCUAUAGACCAACCAGCCGCAUCGUCUUACAUCAGAUAGUGUUGGGUUGGAGUGACGUCGACUGACAACGCUCCUGACCCCUGAACUCUACAGAUCACCAGACGGUCCAGACCCAUAGCCUUGACUGUACAGUACACGACUCUCAAUACUGAGCCAUACAUGGAUAUACUGCUCCGUAACCAUGGAUACUCAGCCAUACAUGUACAUACAGACUGCUCCAUAACCAUGGAUACUCAGCCAUACAUGUAUAUACUGCUCUGUAACCAUGGAUACUCAGCCAUACAUGUACAUACAGACUGCUCCAUAACCAUGCUCUGUAACCAUGGAUACUCUGCCAUACAUGUACAAACAUCCUGCUCCAUAACCAUGGACAUCUGGAACUCUUACCUGGAAAUGGAACUCUGAGCUUACUGUCCUGUCUUAACAUGUAAAUUAUUAUGAUUGGGUUAAAGUCUACCAGCUUCAUCCAUCUAACCAAUCAAAGAAGACUACUACUCAUCACCAGACUCCAGAACCCUGCCCUGUUAGUUCUGGUUCUAGAACUCUGUAGAGGACAACAAUGUUAUCAUAGACUUACAGGGACAAUUAGGGUUUUGGUUCAUUUCAUAUCAAUUCCAGUUCAUUCAGAAAAUAAUCCCAAAUUCAAUUCCAAAUUUUCCUCAUUGAAGAGAGUUGGAAUUGAAAUUUCUGAAUAAUUUCUGAAUUGACUGGAUUUGAAAUGGAAUUAACCCCAUAACCACCCUGUGUUGUAUCCACCAUACAACCCUGUGUUGUAUCCACCAUAACAACCCUGUGUUGUAUCCACCAUACAACCCUGUGUUGUAUCCACCAUAACAACCCUGUGUU